AUGGGGAGCCGCCUAUUCUUGGCCUGUUUAUUAAUUGAUUGCGUUGUGUCGAAGAAAAUUCACUUUGGUGUCAUGUUACCAACGUCAAGACCUGGAUUUUACGAGCUUGGUAAGGCGUUGGAACUAGCUGUUCAGCCUGCCAUUCAAGACAUUUACGAUUUCAACAGGUUAUCACGUGAUUGGAACAUAACUUACUCAGUCGAAGACAGUGGAUGUCACAAACUGAAGGCAGUAGGUAAAACUUAUGAACUUCGCAAUGCCGAUGUCUUCAUCGGGCCUGCGUGCGGUGAUGAGUGUUUGUCAGCGGGUUUACUGACUACAUAUUGGAAUAAGCCAAUGAUCUCAUAUUCGUGUUCCCCAACGGAACUCAGUAAUCGCUUUUUUUACUCCACAUUCGCGCGGACACAACCCUACAGUAGGACAUACCUCCUGGAAACCCCAAAGUUUCUUUACGAAGUAGUAAAAUUCUUCAGUUGGACACGCACCGCCAUAAUUUCCACUGAGGACCCAACUUGGGCGCCAAUAGCCAUCGCCUUGUCGCAGUAUUUGUCCCAAAGGAAUAUCACAAUACCUUUCAGUAGAUCUUACAUGCUCAGUUCGACAUUUUCUUACAAGGAAUUUCUGAAGCCAGUCAAAGAAGUCGCACGAAGUAGGUAUUCUUUGUUUGUUUGCCUGUUCUCUUGGUUGCUUGUCUCUGAUAAGUAAUCACCGAGGGAGUGCUUGAAUGAGUGUGCGGUAGCUCAGAGGAACAAUAAGGUCAACAGUCAAAUAUCUGAGAUCAAAGUUUAUUGAAACGCAUUUUUAUCACGGUGCUCAUCGAGAUUUGAGCUUACUUGAUCUUCCAAUGAGUAGCCAAUCAAGUUUCUCUUGUGACCAUAUUAUUAAUGAUUAAUAUUAGCGAAACAUAUCCGUAUUAAUAAAUUAUUCGGGGAAAAGAGGAAAAUGAGUGAAAGCACAGCAAAUGAUUGAGAAGAGUGAACAAGAAGCUGUCUGACAGGGAAACUUCGCCAAGCACCCUUUAUUUCUUUUUUUCAGAGAGCGAUUCAGAGUAAAGGUCGUUGAAGACUGAACAACGCCCACCCCCCUUUUUAGCACCCACUUAUCCCAUCCCUCUCUUAGACAAAUGAAUAAAGGGGGUAAGUUUCUAAAGAAACUAUGGUGCUGCGUCGGUGGGAGAGUGUAACAGGUAAUUUAGUGUUAACAACUGAGUUGAAAACGUAAAUUGGCCACCGUAAAGAAUGUAAAGUCUAAACACUUAAAGGUUACACACUUACACUCUUUACGGUGGCCAAUGUACUUUUUCAACUCAGUUUUUGACACAAAGUUACCUCUCUCAGACACGUGACUUUGGAACAAUUUCGUCCCUAGGGUCUCUCUUCGUUCUCUUCGUACCACCAAAUGACGCAAGAGGAAGGGUCUCUCUCUUGCUCCCGAGGGGGGGGAAGAAGAAAAGAGUUCCUGGAAACCAGGAGGUUUUCUUCUUUUCUGGACGUAAUCGUGUAUUUGGGUUCAUUUGACGUACUUCAUGUUGUUUUCUUUUCUCUCAGUAAUCUUCCUCCUUUCCUUCAAUAACGAGGUAGCCAGGCUUCUCGAGACCGCCAAUGAGCUGGGAAUGAUGAAUGGCGAGUAUGCCUUCGUCACGCUUGAUUUCACCAUCGACAGUCAUUGGAUCUAUGAGUCUUGGGCUGGUGGAAGGAGCAGAGAAGAGUUCACCGCACUAUUUGAUGGUAUUGUAAAUCUGUCGGUAAAGGGGCCGCAUGGUGAUCGUUAUGACAAGUUUGUAAAGGAGUUCAGAGAGAAGCUUAAGGCCAAUAAUGUAUCUGAAAUAGCAGUUGUAAGUAUUGCAAUGAAUUGCUAUCAGAUAUGUAGAAUGAUACACGGUUAUUUGCAAUUUAGAAUUCAGGAAUACUGGCGAAUAAUGAUCGAUCCAUGAUGUAGCUAGAAAAAAUAUACGAAGCUUUUCUUUGCAGCCAAGGUUAAGAAGUUUUUGGUAUAUAACAAAUCAGUUCGCUGCCAUAUUUUAGGAUUUUCACCUGGAAUGUCCUAGCAGGGCUUGUUGCCGGAAUAUGUUCCUCUUAUAAGCGAUCCUUGUAUAAGAAGCACGAAUUUGUCGCAUGGGUCGACCUAGUGUGAGAAUGAAGCCUUUAAUUUCAGUUCUAGCGGUCGCUUAUUCAAAUUUUCGGCCAAAAGGGGAGGGGGGAAGUGCUUAUUGGAAGGAGGGUACUUAAUCGAGGGGGCGCUUAUCAUUCUCUUGUACUGAUUCAGCUGUAGUGAAGUUGAGACAAAAAAAAAAGUGGCGACAGAAAGAGGUUUUCCAUGUAUACCUACUCUUUAAGAAAUUAAGGGAGGAGGAGGGAUGUUUGAAAUUAUUGGGGUAGGAGUAGGUGCAUGUUCGGGGGUAGACGCUCACUAGAGCGUGGGCGCUUUUUCGAGGAAAUACGGUGAUCACUCUCAUGAUAACAGACCCAAUGGGACUCCAUCCGGUCCUAUUAAGGGACCUAUAAGUUUUAUACAUUGCACCCUACUAAGUGCUUCUGUACCUUUAUUAUCUGGUAGAACUUGUUUGAAUACGUUAUUCUUACACUCAACCAGCGUGAGUAAUUCAAUUGCACAUUUUUUCGUGUACUUUCAGACGUAUUCAUUCUCUGCAUAUCUUCACGAUGCAAUACAAGUUUACGCCAUUGGUCUAAACCGAUCGCUGAGUUACGGAGGGAAUAUCUCUGACGGGCUGUCAAUCAUAGGAAACGUAACCAACAGUGGUGUACUAUUCAAAGGUAUCUUUCUUCUUCGUAUAACAGUUUUUACGAAAUGGCCCGACACGAGUUCGAUAUGUUUGGACGCGGCAAGGAAACUGGGUCUAGUCACAAGGUCGAGGCUCAAAGGAAGACUUUCCGUGAAAAAUAGUGUGAAAUAACAAAGUCUCCUUUGUUUUAAUUCAGGUGUGUCGGGAGAUGUUGCCAUCAACAACGAAGGUAACCGUGUACCAGUGUUCGUUUUCAGCAACAGGCAAAAUGGAAGCGCUGUUCCUAUCGUGGAGAUCGAAGAAACGAACCCAGGCAACCAAAAUAUAACAUCUUUCAACGUGACGACAAUUUGGCCGGGCGGAACAACCGUUGUACCACGUGAUGCACCCGUUUGUGGAUUCCGAGGAGAAGAGUGCGUGUCAUCUCCAGAGGGUAUGUACAAUAGAACGUGAUUAAUACCCCUUUCACACCAGCAGAACAAAUUUCAGUCAACCUAUGUUUAACUGAGUGAAUAGGUGAGCUGAAAAGCUGACUUUUACGUUGGGUUCAAGUAGUCACUGAAUUUUAAUUUCAGUGUAUUAAAUUUGAAGUCGAAAAAGAUUGGUUUAAGCUGCUUCGAAGUAGAAAACAGUUUUGAACCAUGUUGAACAAAAUAGCUUUAAUACAUGUUUAACCUUUGGUGCGGAUGGAGUUUUAGUCGAUCAUAAAAAUAUGGUCAUGGUACAAAAGCAAAAGAGAAAGAAAACCGAAAUGGCAAGAACCUAAAGAAAGUUUCGAGGCCACUGAUAAGAAAGUAAGUAGGAUUCUACUGUAAUUUCAGUGUUUUAUAAACUAGCAUGGUUUGUUGGGAAAAAAUCUGCUGGACGGAGGAUCCAUUUUUUGCCUUAGUUGUUUUCAUAUUUGCUCUUUUUAAUUAAAAUACGCUUCAACUCGGGGAAGGAGAGUUGGGGGGGGGGGGGGAGAGAAACGAACGAGACAUGAUCCUCAUAAGAUAUCGAGCUAUUUCAUGUUGCUGAAUGUAACUGCUUCCGAAUUUUAAUAGCAUCUAUUUUUCUUCUCGUUUUUCUGUAGAAAAAGAAGAAUCAUUCAACUAUCUUUGGCUUUUGACCCUGAUUCUGGUGGUGCUGGUCAUAGUUCUUCUCUUUGGCUUCCUGUACUACAAGUAAAUCAACAUGAAUUUCAUAACACUAUCGAUCACAUUCACAUUCCGGGCAAACGGUGUUCUUCUUAGUACCCAUUUGAUUGCCCAGAUCAUCCUUAUCCUGUGGCGAAUUCAGAGGAUGGGUCCAAAGGGAUUCCACCCCACUCCUCCCCCCUUACUUCAGACCUGUCGUUUUCUUUACGAUUUGACAGACAAUAAAAUCCUUGCAACGACAGGAUCGCAUAUCAUCACUUGGCAGGCAGAUUUACUUCUUUCACUAUUAUAAAACACGCCUAGUGUGAAAUACAACUUACAAAGCAGAAGCAUCGAGUGACCGGCGUUCACAUAAAAGUUAGCUCAGCUCCGCUUUCUGAAGAUAAAUCGAAAUGUCGACAACUUGGCCCUUAGCAUCGAUAAUUCCAAUCAUUUAAAAAGAGGCUCUCGUAAAAAAAAACAACCACAAAAAUAUAGAAAUAAACAAAAACACGUGACAGUUUUCAUCAAUUAUCCUUGCUAAGUUUUCUGGACAAUAAGAGCAAUAACCAUUUCGUUCAUUCAGAGAAUGCCUUAGUUGACUAACAAACACGACCUUUUAAACUUUCAAAUGCCCCGAAUAUAACUCUUUCUAGAUUCUUGCGGCCCUUGCCCUCAGUCUAUCAAGUCUAAUAAGUUCAUCAUUGACUUCAAUCUUUCUGUUUAUAGGAAAAAAGUUUACGAAAGGGAUCUCAUGAAUACUUCGUGGAUUAUUGAUUACAAAGACAUCGUGUUAUGUAAUCCGGGAAGCCGAAUGUCCAGCAAAGUAAGUUUGUACAGUAUAACUAUCUUUUUUAUUGACUUACAGUAUCCUAUUUUUCUCCCCUUUUUUUUAAACCUACCUAAAUUAUAAAACUGUAUCAUGAGGUAAUUUUGGCUUGAAAUCGCAUCUGCCUUUAUUUAAAAACUCACACGCUAGAAUUUGAACCUCAAACACCUCUUUAGACGAGAACCACAUGAUCACCCUUGAAUUUAUUCAGCGAUUAAUAAUGAAGAUUGUUUAGAAAACCUGACAUUUUUCCUACACAUACACGCGCAAGAUGCAAUGUGAAUGAGACAAAACAUUCUUUUGUUUGAAUCAAGUCUUCUAGAUCUGCGGGGUAUUUUAGAACAUAAGUACGAGAUAAACCGGAAUAUAUUUGUUUUACUGUAAAGGAAAUUGUAGUCUUCCCCCUAGCCGUUUUUUGGUCCCGUCAUGAAACUGCUCUCUACAAAGGACAAAACGCGCUGCGUGACGGGGCCGAACAACGCCGUCGAAGGAAACUGUAGCUGUUAAUACAUCACGAAAACUUCAGCUCCAAAAUUUGAACUAAUCUCAGGUUAGCUGAGUUUAAAGCCUGGUUAAGAAGCUGUUUGUCUAUGAAUGAGCGCACCCGUUGCCUGUUGGGGUAAUGUGUGAUUCUUAAUUCACUGUUCCUCUCUGUUUAACCAUUCCCAGAUAAGAGCAGGCCCUGCUGCCACUGGCUCGGUCAUUAGUAACGUGGGAGGUGAAUAUAGCUUUAGCCUCGCAAAUGUUGGCCGAUACAAGGUAAACGGGGUUGCUCAGGGUUUCACAUGAUGCCCGAAGCAAAAUCAAUCAUAAACCUUUAUGCCCUGAGUAUCAUGGAUUGUCAUGUGACUGAGUUAUAUUAAAUCGAAGAGAAGGAAAACCGGUGUAUCGUCAAGUAAUGGAAGAUGUUAUACAUGUGUUGCGAGACAAAUGUGUAACACCUUUUCACAAAUGAAAAAAAACUAGCUGCCGCACGUUUCCUUGUAAAUUUGUUAGGAGAAUUUGGUGUUAGAUCAAGGUAAUAACCUCUGCCUGAUAAGUUUAAGUAUUCUCAUCACCGUUUGUUGGAUAUUAUAAGGAGAAGUUAAAUGUCAAUCACUUCUGGGAGUCAAAGGGUUCAAAUUUUUGUGUAUACUUCCAAAUUCUUUUCCAGGCUGAGUUGGUGGCUUUGAAGCGAAUAAGGAAGAACAACAUAGAACUGAAACGAGAAGUUUUCGUAGAAAUGAAGCAGGUAUGUAUACUUGGUCUAUUACCGAGCUUCUGGGCUUUUCGGUGGCUGGGGGACGAGAGGGUGGCAAGGAGACUGGAGAGGAGUGUAACUGCGAUCCAGAGCUUGCGAAGUACUCUUCACACGACCCUGCUGCAAUCCUGCUAAUUUAGGAAUUUAUGCAUAAUGAACAAUAAUGUCUUUCCUUAUUUAUUCCACCAUCAAUCUUACAAACUUCACAAUCAAAAUACAGUCCGGUAUCGUGCACUUCAAAGAGCUAUACAGUUUCAUUCAACACUAGCGUCAUGUUCUUUCGCCCUCAUUUUUAUUAUAACUUUCUCUUCCGAUUUUUUGCAGGUCCGCGAUCUUAUGCACGAAAACAUCAAUCAGUAUAUUGGAAUGUGUGUUGAAUCUCCAAAUGUAUGUAUUGUGUCUAUGUUCUGCAGCAGAGGAAGUCUUCAGGUAACUGAUAUAAAAUGUAAACUAAGUUAUGUACUAUUUUUGUAUUCGGAUGCCACCUUCGUGAACCCAACUAUUAUUGGUUAAAAAAAUUGAAUUAACGAAAAAAAAAAAACUCUAAAUAUCAUAAGGAAGUUACUUCGCGGGAGGCUUCGCAGAUUUUCCUAAGGUUUACAUCUGCAAUCCUUGUUAACCUUCUACAUACAUAAGUUAAAUAUCCAUGCUUUCAUGUGCUUUUCUACUUUUUACUUUAUACGUCGAUUUUAAGUGACAUGUCUUAUCAGAUGUAGUAAGUUUCUGUUCGACACAACCUUCCCUAAUCUGCAUCAUGACUUGAAAUUGUGAGGUUUUUAAUUUUCUGACUUUUUACAUGGAAACUAGGGCCUAACAUGGUUUUGCAAGUGACCAUAGAUGUACCUUUAUACCCACACAGCUCCGCGUGGUUACUUCCUCUAGAAUAGAGGCUUGUUUCAGAACAAAAUCGACUGAUAAAUAAUCGAAAAUCACUUUAAAACGUUGAAAAUACUGCAUUUAAUGUAAAUUCUAGUUAAAAUCUCAGCUGGACGAUCAAACCUCAACAACGUCCUGUACUUUCCUUUUAUCUUUUUAUCUUUGUUUGGUAAUUGUAUCAUUAUCAUUCACAGGAUCUUUUGGCAAACGAUGAUAUCAAGAUCGAUUGGCUAUUCAGGAUGUCAUUUGCUUAUGAUAUAGCAAAGGUAUGUAACCUUGUAAAAUAAGUAAGGUUACGGAAUUGACUUAUCCACAUUUGUAAUUGAAGGGAAAUUGUUACUCUUCCUCUUAGAUGAGUUUGACAUAUAAUGGCAAUUUGUUUUCUAUAGGGAAUGAUCGCGCUGCAUAACAGCCCAAUCCACGUUCAUGGAAGCCUCAAGUCAUCCAAAUGUUUGAUUGACGGUCGCUGGGUCUGUAAAGUUUCCGAUCAUGGUUUGGAUACAGUCAAAGCCAAUCAGACAGAAGAAGAUUUAGGAGAACAUGCCAAGUACAGAGGUAAGCCUAUAAAAUCCUUAUUCGGUGAAUUAAAAAUUUUAAAUCUAUCUUUCCUAACUUAAUGUCCUCACUGUAUAGAUCAUUGAUAUUUACUUGUUCAGAGAAUGUUUCUACUGCCAAACUGAUAUACGACUUCAAGCAAUGUUAUGUAGUUAUGAUGAUUGACCGAUUUCCCAGUAAAGAAGAAUUUCAAUGACUAAUGUUGUGCUUUGUUAAGGAUGCAUUAGCUGUUGCUAUUUUUCCUGAUAUUGAAUUGGCCAUACUCUGUCUUAAUUUAGCUCGAUUUACUUUCUGUUCCCUUGCCUUUUAAAUGACUUUUUCUCAUUUCACAGAUCUUUAUUGGACUGCUCCGGAAUUGCUACAUACUAUGGAUGGCAUUAAAAGUCAAUUUACAAAGACUCAAAUUGGCGAUGUAUACAGUUAUGGAAUCAUUCUUCACGAAAUUCUUUCUCGGGACGAGCCUUAUUUCCAAAUGGAACCAAAAGGUACACUCGAUCGGAAAAUAAUAUUUCUCUAAAUGAAACGAAAAAAAUAAUCUUCUAGGCAUUACAUCUAUUUCCAAGUUCGUUCACCAGUAAAAGUAGUGCUUUAAAUAAUUUGAUUAGGAGAAAGCAACGAAAGGGAAAUUUUCGACUGAGUAUCGGAGGCGAGCGCGAAGUGCGAGUCGCGCGCGGGGGUAGGAAAUCAAAGAAAAAUAACUUUUUUAGCUCGCUCGGUCUUACCAUCGCGCGUGACUCGCGCUUCGCGUUCGCCUUGUGCUUGCCUAUGUUCGACUGAAAAACGCUAAAAAAUUACGCCGGUUCUGCAAGCGAAGACCCAGUUGGGAUCGUCUUGCAAAAAUAUACCGAUAUCUUAUGGUAUUUUUUUUUGCUUUAUUUCUAUCAGAUGUCUUAGUUAAGCUACGAAAGACUCUCUCUCCACCGUUUAGACCUGAAAUACCAAAGGAUUUGGAAGAAUGUGAUAAAAGAUAUAUCCAGCUUAUGAAGCAGUGUUGGGACAACGAGCCAGCAGUCAGACCAAAUUUCACUGACAUAAAACUCCAACUAAGGAUCAUGAAUGGAAGAAAGUUAGUGUUACUGAUGGACAAAUGCAUUAAACAUUGGUUAAGUUUGUUGGUAAGAACAAAGAAGUCGUAAACGAGGCGCAGCCGAGUGUAUAACGGAUGUUCUUAUCACAUUUUGGCGUCAUCUGCGAUGUAUUACUGAACAGACGCACGGCAAAGCAAAAUGUUGUAAUGGUGACGUCAGUUAUGCGUCCGUCCUCCAAUAGAUCAUUAGUAAGAACCAAUCAAAUUGCGCGCGUAAUUCAGCUUUUUACAUAAAAUAAAACAGAUUACCCCUAGCAAAGAAAGGUUGCUGUCGUGAUUAUUUAUUUCAUGGAAUCUCUGGUUUUCAGAAACACAGACAUUGUUGAUAACAUGCUACAGAUGAUGGAGAAAUACACAGACCAACUAGAGGAAUUAGUCGACCAAAGAACUCGUCAGUUAGAGAUCGAAAAAGCCAAAACAGAAGAGCUUCUUUACAAGAUGUUACCCAAGUAAGUAUGCAAGGCUUUUAAAAUUCAAAGGUGUACGAUAUUAUCAACAUUUAACUUUGAAAGACAUUCUCAAAACACUUACGUCAAGGAUGGAAGGCAAGUAAUUAUUGAUGGGUACUUCUGGUAGCUUCAUAUCCAACUGGGUUUAUAUUUACUUAAUCUUCGUGGAAUUUCAUCACUGAGAACACUUGUGAUGCUUAUCAUUCAGAGUGUGAAACCCAUUAAUAGUCAAACUUGGUCAUCCUUCUUCCUGUCCACUGAGGUAAAGGAGAACCCUGAAAACGAGGUCUGCUCUCCUGCGCCUUCAUUAUAUAUGCAGACCGGCGGGAAUGUUCAUCACUAAGUAAUGUUUUUGGCGGAUCGAGAUGUUGUUUGUUUUUGUUUUAAUAGGUCGAUAGCUGACGAACUGAAAACUGGAAAGCCUGUGCAGGCUGAGAGUUUUUCAAGUGUUACAAUUUUCUUCAGUGAUAUAGUUGGGUUCACAAAGGUGGCAUCCGAAAGUACACCUUUCCAGGUGAAGCUGAACAGAUAAUCAUCGAUAGUUUACCUCAUUUGUAUUAGUUUAUAAAUCUGUAUAAAAAUUAAAUCGAUUUCAUUUCUUUUUUGUGUAAAAAGACAAGAGAUUUACCAAAAUUUGUGUGGUAAAAUAAAAGUAGAAGCAAGUAAGCUUCGGUAAACUCCCUAUAAAACCUUUGCUUUUUCUCUAGAAAGUCCCUGUCUCCAACAAGCUCCCUGUUUCGAAGUCGUGGAGAUGUUUGUUAGGUCUCCCAGAAAUAAGUUCAAUAUGGCAACCUUUGUGCCUUACACAACGACCCUUUUACAGACAUGCGCCUCCCAUGAAAACAAAAUACUUCAGCUUUCCUUUUUAAUCUUUUAUUCGUCAUUAACAUUUUUGCAACUCUUUAAAGAGCAUGCUGACAACUGUUUCUUAAUCGUUCAGGUAGUGAAUCUUCUGAAUGAGCUCUACACAUGUUUUGACAACGUGAUUGACAGUUACGACGUUUACAAGGUAACAAACAUCCACUACUUGUACCUUUAUCUCAGGUAACGUGUUUCAUUAUGAUGUUAGAACUAUUUUUGACUUCUUAAAUCCAGUCCAAGUGCUGUAAGAAGUUACUUCGAAGGAAAAAUUUUCUCAAAUAGAUUCCUACGCAUGGAAACUUUAAUGGAUAGAAUGGCUGUGGUGAAGCAUAUCAGUUUUGGUGAAUUUCCCGCUGGGCAUUCUUUGCAAAAAUAGACAACGUGGAACAACCAAAUUUGGCAUCCAUCGGAGUAGAGGACAGCAAUAGCUAAAAUUCCAGAUUUCGUUUGACAUGAAACCUAGUCGUUUAACAAUCAGCUGAAAAAAUUCUUACACCGAUACCAAAACGGUAUCGAUCGAAAUAGCUGCGUGUGACAUCCUUUUCAAAAAGAUUUGUCAAACAAAAAAUAUCAUGGAAAUUUCAACGACACUUUCACCUCUCUAUAUUGUUUAAGGUCUCAAUUGUUAAAUAAAUCGCAAUUCACUAGGUAGAGACUAUUGGUGACGCCUACAUGGUAGUGUCUGGCCUUCCUGUUCGCAAUGGUGAUCGGCAUGCUGGGGAAAUUGCAACCAUGGCACUUAGUUUGUUGAGCUCUGUUAAAGACUUCACUAUCCCUCAUAUGAAAUGCAAGAAAGUGCAGCUUCGGAUUGGUAUCCACACAGGUAAAUAUUACCACCCCUUCUUAUUUAAAAACUAAUAAACACAAACCGCUUAUGGUUGCGAAUUUUGAGUCUUGCAUAAUGUGAAGAAACUUCUUUAGUACUUACACUUUCCAUUAGUGAUAAAAUUAGAGAGCUUCAGAGAGAUUCUCCUCUCUAAAUUUAUCCUUUUAUUUUAUAGUAUUUAUCAACUUUAUUUUUACGUAUACACCCGAUUUUAUCUUCACCUGUUUAACAACUACAAGGUCAUGAACAAAGCAAUAUGUAAUUUUUAUGCUCAGUGAACUGUAAGACAUGUUCCUUUAGCAUUUUACAAGGUAUUCUGACAUGAACGAUUGAAAUCGUGAGACGAAACGAACUGAGUCUACAUGAAAUUUCACUUCCAAGUAAUUACUGAUCAGUUUCUAGCUUUUAGUUUUCCCAUGGCUCUAUUCUCAAAACGACUACUAUUUGCAUGGGUUAGUUUCCAAGAGUGUAGAUAAAAUUUCACGAAAACCAUAUCAUUUAAUUUUGAUUUCAUGGCAAAGGUCCGUGUGUAGCUGGAGUUGUGGGCCUCAAAAUGCCUCGCUACUGCUUGUUUGGGGACACUGUGAACUACGCCUCGAGGAUGGAGUCAAGUGGACUUGGUGAGUGCACUGUUAAGUAUUCAUUUUUUUGUAUGUUUUUAAAUAAUUUAUGUAUGUUUUUAAAUAUUGUGUAGAUGUUAACUGACUCAUGAGAUAACCAUAGCGAAGUGAUGUUUGUAGCGAAGUUAAAAAUCUCCCGCACUCACUCUGCAUUCUCGAAAACGGUAUUUUGUCGUCCAAUAGAAACCAUUGUCUGCUUCAUCAAUCCCUCCAAACAUGUCUAGAAACGGCUAGUGUUCAUGUGGAAACAUUUGCAUCCAGCGGAUCAUUUCUCGGGAAGUUCCUCCCUGCAUAAGCUAUGUCUGACAGUCCUAAAGCACAUGACUUUUCAUCCGUUUUGUCUUCAAAAUGGCUGAACAACAUCUAAUCAGUUAUGGUUUUCGAGAAAACCACGAGAGCAUAUCAUUUCGGGGGAGUUUUAUCAGCACCUGACUAAUUCAUUGAUGUUAUGCUUGACAAGGCAUUUAAAUUAUACAAGAUCGAUAGAAGUCAGGUAUAAAAACGGGUAUGGAUUUUAGAGGCCUUUCCUGACAACGGGAGUCAAAAAUGGCAUGUUCUAGUCUAAAAUAUACGAAAUCAGGAUUUAAAGAAGAGGUCGGUUAAUCUCGGCCACGAAUUCUACGCUGUCCCCUUGCCUCACUGUCCCAUUUGUCCUUAUUUACAUCUGAUAUAUACGAUGAUAUUUCACAGCACUUCGAAUCCAUGUUAGUCCAGAUUGUAAAGCUGUGCUAGACACUCUCGGAGGAUUCUAUUUAGUAGAAAGAGGCCCAGUCACGCUGAAGGUAGGGCAUCAAUAUCGGCUUUCUCCUUAUUAGCCAUCACUACUGCUUUGCAUUUUACCUUGUGGUAAAAUUUGCACAGAUUUACCUUUGAAUAAGCUGUAAAGUAUCUCCGAAGUGCAUAUUGGAAACAAUUUUGAGAGUAUAUUCUAAGAAUUCAUUUUGAAAAUUCACCAGUUAGGUUUUUGCCUUUAUCACUUGCUUUGCUAAUAGGAGCAUUGAUGUUUUGCAGGGAAAAGGCACAAUAGUUAGCUUCUUUCUGUGCGGCAAAGAAGGCUUCGACAAGCCUUUACCUAACCUCGAAGAGGCUGCUUCACUUGAAGAACACGAGUUUAAAUGAUACUCCUUACAACCUGAAUGGGGAAAUGGAGUGUACGUGUUAGUAGAGACGUCAUGCACUAAGUGUAUAAAAUGUAAUCCAAGUUGCAUAUUUGAUACAAGAGCAGAGGUGUGCGUUGAACAACAGUAGCAGUUGUGAAAUGUGAAUAAUGAGCCAUAGGGUAUAAUUAUCAAAAAAGCCUAAAAAAAGAUGUCUCUCUUGACUCACGUGGUUGGCGAAUGUUUGGUUGCCCGAUGAAAGUAAAAGCGGCAAAGCGAAGACGAGCAGCAGACAUCCAAUUUUUUUCGUUCCAGACCUCUUCGUUUUCCUGGUCUCACAGUGUGAAGCUCACUGGACACCGCUUACUACACAGGCUGACCAUUCCUUGGAAAAUUUAACAACCCUCCACCAGAUGAUCGUGAUUGGAAGACCAGCUUAAACUUUGUUGUUUUUUUUCUGUCAAGCGUACACUUACAGUAGCACUACUGUGAACAAGGUCACUGCAAAACUAGCCGAUCACACCGCAGGAUUGGCUAGAUCUCGUUUCAUUUAGUAUGACCUAAUCUUACAUGCACUUCACACUGAUCACAUGAUCUACGCAACAGUACGUAUCUUCGCUCUUUAAAGCGUGGCAAGUGAGAGGGUAAAGACAUAACUCUCAACGUUUUUCCUCUGACAAUCACCUGAACAACUUAACUAGGACGAUUAAUCGCCUAGCCUAAUAAUUUCCCUGGAUUUCGUUUCAGGGAUUACCAAAAAAAAUUCAUUCCGCCUUCGGCCAAUGAAUGAUAAGUAUGCGUUUCAGAUUUACCAUCUGUUUCUUUGUGUUAAUAGACGAACAAAGAGGAAGAAAUUUUAUAUUUUUGGGUAUGGCUUACGGCAAUAGAAAAUAAUAUUUCAUUCGAUCUUAAGAAGGUCAUAAAAUGUAAUCGAAAGUAUUUUAAUAACGAGAACUGGAUCAUAUAAAAACCUUUUAUUUAUUACAAAAUACUCUUUAACAACUUUUUGAUUUGGUGAUCAUUGGCCAUUGUUGCAUUAUAUUAAGUAAGGUG